GGGAAUGUGUGACCAAGAGAAGAAAAAAAGAGGGCAUGGAAACGAUAUAUUUGUGUGGGUCUUGGUAGGAGUUUGCUAAGAGGCCAAAAAGGGAAGAGAACUUACUUACAAAGACAGGAGGGAGAAAGAGAGCACGCGAAAGAGAGAGGAUGUCUCUCUCAGACUUUCAUCUGGCAGUGAAGCUGGCUGACCAGCCGCUCGCCCCCAAAUCAAUUCUUCAGUUGCCAGAGACAGAACUGGGAGAAUAUUCGCUAGGGGGCUAUAGCAUUUCGUUUCUAAAGCAGCUAAUUGCUGGCAAGCUCCAGGAAUCUGUUCCAGAUCCAGAGCUGAUUGAUCUGAUCUAUUGUGGCCGGAAGCUAAAAGAUGACCAGACCCUUGACUUCUAUGGUAUUCAGCCUGGGUCCACAGUCCAUGUUCUCCGCAAAUCUUGGCCUGAGCCUGAUCAGAAACCUGAACCUGUGGACAAAGCUACUGCCCUGAGAGAGUUCCGGGUCCUGCACACCGCCCUGCACAGCAGCUCCUCCUACAGGGAGGCGGUCUUUAAGAUGCUCAGCAAUAAAGAAUCUCUAGAUCAGAUCAUUGUGGCAACCCCAGGUCUCAGCAGUGACCCCAUUGCCCUAGGGGUUCUCCAGGACAAGGACCUCUUCUCUGUCUUUGCUGAUCCCAACAUGCUGGAUACAUUGGUGCCUGCUCACCCAGCCCUGGUCAAUGCCAUCAUCCUGGUUUUGCACUCAGUAGCAGGCAGCACCCCAAUGCCAGGAGCUGACUCCUCUUCCCGAAGCAUGCCCUCCAGCUCAUACCGAGAUAUGCCAGGUGGCUUCCUGUUUGACGGGCUCUCGGAUGAUGAGGACGACUUUCACCCAAGCACCACCCGGUCUACGCCCUCUAGCAGUACACCCAGCUCCCGCCCGGCUUCUCUGGGGUACAGUGGAGCUGCUGGGCCCCGCCCCAUCACCCAGAGUGAGUUGGCCACUGCCCUGGCCCUGGCCAGUACUCCAGAGAGCAGCUCUCACACACCAACUCCUGGCACCCAGGGUCAUUCUUCAGGCACCUCGCCAAUGUCUUCUGGUGUCCAGUCAGGGACACCCAUCACCAAUGAUCUUUUCAGCCAAGCCCUCCAGCAUGCCCUGCAGGCCUCUGGGCAGCCCAGCCUUCAGAGCCAGUGGCAGCCUCAGCUGCAGCAGUUGCGUGACAUGGGCAUCCAGGAUGACGAGUUGAGCCUCCGCGCCCUUCAGGCCACUGGAGGGGAUAUCCAAGCAGCCCUGGAGCUGAUCUUUGCUGGAGGAGCCCCAUGAACUUUUUGUACUCAAGUGCCUAGCAAGUUGCAGAGGCGAAUCCUAGAAGGAGGCAGUUGUGAAGUUGCCUCCAGCUCCCCCACCCUCCAAUAUAUCUGAUGGUCUACUCACCUGCUGUGUCCACUACUUGACCUUUCUAUUGAUCUCAACUGCAAGCAAGAUGUAUGGUUUGGGUGCUGUGACAUCAGGGAUCAGGGUGACCCCCCACAUUUGGUUUGGGCCCUGGUUAGGAAGUUUCGGACCAGUGUCAGGGGGUAGUGCAUACCCAUGUAUACCUUAGAGACAAGUCCCUAGUAGUAGCACCCAUGUGCUUUGGUGCUUAGAGUCUAAGGUGGAGCCAGGCUACAACCCAGUUUCGUAGUAGCUGCUGAGUUUCAGAUAAGGCCAGAGGAGACUACCACCUGUGGCUAAAGUCUAGGGAGCAACCAGGUGGAUUCUGGGUUUGGCAGCAGAGAAUAUUUGUCAAAUGAUUCCAUGUCCCUACACUGGCGGUGUCUUAGCAAUCAUCCUCAGAUGUAUGCGCUGUAAUCCAGGAUUCAGCCUGCCACGAGGCGUGUCCCUUUCCUGUGUCCUAAAGGCAUAAACACGAGCAGUUGAAAACAAUACUACCAACAGCAGUACAAACAGCUCCCAGCUGCUGCUCAUCUGUCUGUGCCCUCCUUCCCCGUGACUGUUCCCUGGGGCAUUUCCUGCAGCAUCAUAGACGUGUCCAAGUUGACGAGUGGGCUUCCUGGGCUUCACAUCUGUUUGGGGAAAAUGUCUUUACUGUUAGUGCUUGAGCUCAUUCGGAACUGAUGUGGGUGGGCUGGAGCUCAGAGGUCUGGCCCUGCCUUGGCCUCGGCCCACAUUCCCUUCACACCUUCUCCACUCAUAGCCAUUUGGCUCCUGCUUAUCUCCUCUUGAGGCAGAAAGUCCUCCAUGAAUGUAUCUAUAAUCUUUUCUACCACGUGGAGCCACAUGGAACUGGUCUGUGCCAUUUUCUCUGCCAGUACAGUCUUAGUACUUGGUCAUCCCAUGUGUCCCUUUGAACUACCCUCCUGAUUUUGGUCCCCAGCACAUCCUGUUGUGUAUGAUCUUUAUAUUAGUGAUAGUUGGGGGGGGGGGUGCUCAAAAGAACACACUACUGGAGGGACGCCCUCAGCAGCCCGUUGUUCUUUACCUACUCUGAAAAUGUUGGAUGUUUCCACAUUGCUUUCAACGGUCCCGGGUUGAUGUUGAGAGGUAUUUGCAUUGGCAGAAAAGACUCAGAACUCUGCAGGCUUCUGGGUGCCAAGAAGCCUUUUGAGCCUCGUAAUCUGCCUUGUGAAUGGCAGUGAAGACCUAGAAGCGCUAUUUGAGCCCAAUAUCUCUUGCUCUGUGGUACAAAUAAAGGCCAAGGUCCAGUGGUGGUCCAAUGUGGCUGAGACAGCUGCUCCGGUUGGUCCACUUGCUAAAGCUUGCCUGGCUCUGCUGUCUGUCCUUUGACAGCCUCCUCUGCCUGCGGCUCACUCGUCCCAUUCUGCUGCAGACCAUUGGUGUGUCCUCGCUCUCUCUGGAACAACGCUUGCUACCUGUUCCCCAGCUUCCCAGAAUUGAGCCAGUUUCCCCUGUUUGUCAGGUCUUUCCUCCAAGGGCUUGGAACAUUGGCUUUGCUUCCUGUGGUCAUAUUUUAAACAGUGCAUGUUGAGCCUGAUAAGUGCCCCUCUGCGCCUGGGGCUUUCCGUGGACUGAGGAUGCCUUCCUCGCUAUUGUGCUUUUCACUCUUCCAACAAACAGUGAGCUUCUGUGUUG